GUUUCAUAUGAAUAAUACAUGUAUACAAAAUAUCUAUUCACCUGGUGGUGUAGGAUGUGUGACUUAGCAUACAUAUACAUUUUCUGAUACGUGACAAAUGUUCUCUACCCAAUGAUCUCCCCCUACUGCAGUGUAUACUGGUUUGCUGAAGGUCCCCGUAUGAUCAGGUGAUUCAAUAUGUUGCAGGAAAAUGAUCCGAUGAAACUCUGUUCAACUUGACUCCUGAACCCCGACCUUGACCUUCUAAUGAUCAAUACGUAAUCAUGUCCGACCAGAUAAUGCCGGAGUCUUCCCCAGUCCGGAUCCACAACAGCCUGGCAGAGCUCUUCAUCUUGGUCGGACUGGAUGACAAUACAACUCUUAUUCCUGCCCAUAAAUCGGAUUCCGGCAAUGAUGAUAUACUGGAAAAUCUUUACAUGCAAGAUUAUGAGCCUCAGGUGUUGACUGCAUUGUCGGCCACCACCAUGAUGCAUUUCUUUCCGUUCCCUCGCCAAGACAUGGAAUAUCCGUCCAUCAACCUCAAGGAAGCGUUCUACUGUAGUAACACAGACUCCUCAUCCUCACAAUCGGGCCGAUUUUUUAAACGAAACGCACAACAGGGGAAGCAACUCCGCACUCAAUCAGUGUCUCCGGCUAGCGUCACUCGCCUCAUGUCGAUACGGUGGCCCCAGGGUGGGGGCAGGACAAUGAACGCUGCCCACAGUCAAUGUUCUUUCAGUAAUUUAGAUUUCCCUGUGUCGGAGGAGGUCAUUAAGUCCAUCACAACAUUCUGUUUCCCAGAUAAUAUGAAGAUCUAUGCAACAGAGCCCGAGAGUUUUGCCCACUUCCUGGUACUAACUGACAUGUCAGGGGUCAAAAGCUACGCUACAUGUUUAACCUUCUGUCGACCUUUCAUUGUUGAAAAGGAUGACCAAGACUAUGUGUACAUGACACUAGACACGACCAAUGAACCCUUGACCGCUGGUCAGUACAGGAGUUUUAUCCCUCACUGUGGCAUCUUCAUCUCCAAAUUCCCCUACUUCUCGACAACCAAGGAUAUAAUGUCUUACAUGGUAUCCCUUAUUACCAAAAAACCAGAUGACAUGCUGGCCUACAUCAAGGAGUUCUCGCACACAUUGACCUUGACCCCAGUGCCCCCAGCUGGCCCUGUGGCUGUGGAAAUAUGUUGCGACAAACAGACAUUCACAAUCUAUCCCCCCGAGAAAGCAGACAAACCAGUGAUCAACAUACCUCUUCAUUUAGUCUUCAUCAGUUUCCAUGACGACCAGAUACUUCAGGUGUUAGCUGCUCUUUUUAUGGAGGAGAGGAUAGUGUUUCUGUCAUCGAGCUAUGCCCUACUGACCACAAUCUCAGAGAGUUUUCUAAGCUUCUUGUUGCCAUUCCGAUGGCGAUUCACCUAUGUACCUGUCCUAUCGCUGAAAGCCUUGGACCUACUAGAUGCUCCGGGCACUUUUAUCAUGGGCUGUCAUCUAAAACACCGCAGCUUAGUGGAACAGGUUGAGGGUCUGGUUGUGGUAAACAUAGAUGAGGGUACGGUGGUGGUGAACCCCACCCAUAUGACCUCUGACCUCCACCAUAUACCGGCCAUCCCUGAGGAGCCAGCAACAUCCUUUAGAAAAGUCUGUAAGAGGGCCCGGGUGUUUUUUGAACUGGAAGAUGUUCAGAGGCCUACCUGUCAUGAUGUCUCCGAAGAAAAGAAGAUACAAGAAACCCGGAUUCGCAGACUCAAUCGUGUGAUAGAAGAUGGCUGCCUGGAGCUGAUGGUGAAUCUCUUCAGGGGGGUUGUCCUGGAAGUGAGACCGGAACAUCACAGCUUCAACAAACAGUUGUUCGUGGAAUCCCAGGGGAAAAAUGCUGAGGACAAACUGUUUUAUGAGGAGGUUUUGAAGAAAGACAUGUUUAAGUCAUUUUUGGACGACCGCCUCCAGGAGAAAACAGACUACUGGACAGAGUUUGAGAGGAAGACUCGACAAUUCAUCAAACAGGCAAGCGUUGGCCAUAUCCGAAUCUCCAAUGUCCACCCCAGAAAACCUUUGAUCAAACAAGUCUCCUUGUCAAGAAUCCAUGAAAAUCCUUACGAGAAGCCGUUAGUGAUCGUCCGACUUUCACAGAAUAAUUCUUCAUCACGAUAUGUAACAUCUUGUAUCACAUCUCUCAAGAUGACUUUUAAGACCAGUAUGGCUUACCAGGAGCGGGCAUCGUACCUUUACCUCACGGCAGUUUUCAAGUUUGCAGAACAUGAUCACAUUGGUGCUCUCAAAGACAUUAUAACUCUCGCAGCCAUUGACUGGAACCUUCUUCCAAAAAAACUUGUACAUGAAAUCCACAAUCUGCUGACGGCCCAAGAGAAACAGACACUUGAAAAUGUCCAGGGUUACACCAACAUCAUAGAGACACUGAAAGAGGAAAACCAAUCGAUGGACAGCACAAUUAGGCGUUACCAUAACCACAACGACAUCAUCAACAUACCGGACUACGAUUUACCGUUUGAAAUGUUCAGGAAGUAUGUGUCGCUAUAUGAGAUGACACAAGACAGUGAUACUAUACAGAGAUUGUUCCAUGCCCUCAACGGAAUGGCCCCAAAAACACAUCUUGACCAUGAGACGUUCCAGGCGUUCUGUUUGUGCUGGCAGGAAAAUCAUGAACAGUGUAUUACUGUCAUGGAAGAACGUAACCUCCAGAUUAAUGAGUCGGUUCUAAAAGUCUCGUCACUCUGUAAGACAGAUUUCGGAACGGGUCGUGUUGUACUGACAGAUAAAAGAUUGCUAUUUAUGAGGGACGCAUCAAAGAAAUUGAAAGAAAUUGUCAAGCUACGAGACAUUCAAUUGCUGGAGAAAGUUCAACUACAUUCCUUUCUUUCUAAUGCUGAUGCUUUACGGAUACAUCGGCGUGUGUCAGGCAAAGUUGAGCAAGACAAGUUUACAGUGUGGCUGAAAGAUGAGAGGAACCAUUUCACACUCCUCAUCCAGGAGAUGUGGGCUGGCAAGGUCAUCUCCGAGGCAACCAAGGACAUCGUAGUUGUCCAGCAAGCUGCACAAAAUGUUCUUCUUGUUGACACUACCAUAAGAAGUGGGGAAGUGGAGAGUUGUUCUCACAAUGCUACAGUGGAGAGUUCCGCGGACAACCUUUGUUGUUACAUACGGGCCAUGGAGCGAGGCGAACACCUGCUGUCUGUGGCCACCAAGGAGGCUCUACAGAAUAAGCUGGAUCCCAACUUUGGCGAGCCGGAGCGCACAAGUAUACAGGCACUGCUGUACACUCCAGGAGAUACUGAAACCCAUCUGUCGCCCAAGCUGUGGUGCGGCCUGGUCAAUGCUAAGAUACGGGUGUUUGAUGGUAUCUCAUGGACACUGGAGAAGGAAUUUGUACAAGCUAAAAAGUCACUGUCCUGUUUGACAGCAGUGGGAAAGAAACAGGUGUGGGUUGGAUCCUUCGAGAUUUGCAUCAUCGAGACCGAGACCAUCCAGAGCAAGUGUAUCCUCAGCGACCACAGAGAGUUUGUCAUUGACAUCAUUGCUGUGGAUGACAGCAGGUACGUUUACUCGGCCAGUGUGAAUGGCGUGAUCAUCAGGUGGUAUGUCAAGGGUUUAACUGUGGCCAAUCGUAUCGCUCUGGACAUGUCUGGGGGCGAGACUUUACGGAGACUACAAUAUGCUCAGGGAUUCCUCUGGUGUGGGGUGUGGAAAAGUAUUUGGCAGAUCAGUAAGGCUGGAGAGGUACUGGCUAAGUUUAGCUUUGAUGUCCCAAAAUCUGUGAUUACGGUUCAGCCUGUGGAAAUGGAAUGCUUCCAUAUAAUGCCAAAUGGUCAAAUAUGGGCAGGAUGUCGCAGGGACGGUACCAUAGCAAUCCUGGACGCCAAUAAUGGCGGAAAAAUUAUAGAAAUCAUAAAACUGCAAUCCACCCGGGGAAUUAGUAUCAUGGUAAAACUGAAAAACAGGAUGUGGGUGGGGACCAAGUCAGGGAUCAUAUAUGUGGUGGACAUCGAGACACGCAAGACUAACAAACACCUCAAGGCCCACUGUGAUGCCGUGCGAGCUCUCUGUUGUGCAGAGGAGAGAUAUAUCAUCAGUGGUGCAGGGAGCUCUGAUGGUAAGAUCGCCAUCUGGAGUCCAACAGAUACCAGAUCAGAAUCGGGACGCUUUCUACUGGAAUAGUUGGGAUAUCAGGUCAAAGUUCAGGACGCUUCUUUCUUGAAUAUUGUCAAGUGCUACCCUUUUCUGACACAUGAUCUCAUAUAUGCAGCAUUAUCAUGGUCUUUUGGGAAUUUGUGUCAUAUAGGUAUUACUUUGGAGGCGGCGGCGGUUGUGUCAUCUGAAACAAGGUUUCUGUGGGAUAACUUGAGUUUCCUUGGGUUGAUUGAACUCAAACUUGGUACACAUAUUGCAUAACAAUAUAGCUCGGAUAAUUUUGCAUUUCAGAAGUUUACGUACAUUUUUUGUGGAGUUAUGCUCCUUUUAUUGCCAAAUAAGGGCAUUGUGUAGUAAAUAAAAGAACCAUUAAAAUUUUUAACCAAUUCCUUUCAAGUUUUGUCGAAUUCCAACUUUCCACGUUUUGGCAUAUCUGUUUCCGCGAUAACUCAAGCCAAAACACUUUUCUUGCUAAAAGAGCUGAACAGGCGACGCAUCCACUCCCAAGGAAUUCUUGUUUUAGCAAAAUUGUCUGCAAGGUAAAUUUAAAUGAAGUGAGAGAUGUGUGAUAAUUUUGAAGUGUAUUAAAACCAGUUUUCUGUGUGAUAGUUGGUGUUUGUUAUCUAAACUUGUUUGUUUUAUGAAGUUUGGGUGUGAUCAGUACCAAUUUUUUGUAUGCUUGUUAGAGUAUUUUAAAAAAGAAUGUGUGGUGUAUAAUUACCUAGGCGUGAUAUAUAAAAAUGUAUUUUUCGAUACACUUCUAUAUAUUUUCAUAAUUUUUCCAUUAAAAACCAAGAGACCUUUUAAUCCAUUCCAUUAUUGUCAUUAAUUGUUUAAUUACCAUUAAUUGAGAAUAAGUGAAUAGAUGAUAUUUGCUGUCAGAAAAUUAAUGGUCAUUAUAUUUUUUAAAUUUUCAAGCCAAAGUUUAAGUUUUUAAUGGAUAUCACUUUAGGUCUUUCAUAAUUUUAAUGGAAAUGGUAACCUUUUAUGCUUAAUUGGGCAUUAAAGGUUGAAGGUUAAUGUUGCAUUUAUAACUUUAUUUGCCAUGAAUAUAUAUAUUGCCUUAUUUUAAUGGGAUAUCAAUUGAGAAGAAUUGUCAAAUUAAUGGCAUGAAUUUAUUCUGUAAUCUACAUUAAUGAAAAUUUCAGAUAUACACUUGUAAGUCAUUGUGCCGUUAUAAUAGAGGCAACCAAUGCAACCUUAGAGACCACCUAUAAUAAAUUUAUCAUGUAUAAAUUGAACUUCUACAAUUCCUCAAUUUUAUCAAUGAAAUUAACCUGUUUAUGGAGGCUAUUAUGUUUUUUUCUGUUGUUAGUCAUUAUCAACAGGUUUUUAUGUAUUUUAUCAUCAUGAACUAUGCAAAAAUGGGCCAAAAUUUAUACAUCUGUUGGUGUGUAAUUGUUUUAUUUUAAAUAAUUGAUACCUAUUAAAUAUUAGAGUAUUAGAUAAAGCUUUUAAUAAAGGUAAUGAAAUCAAAUAUGAUUGUUACUUUUUUUAAUUACUUUUACAUAAUUUUUGUAAAUUUCUACAUUUAUAUGUAUAUAUUGCAAUAAUCAGACUUUUAUACAAAGAUAUUUUUUUUUUAAAUCAGAUCAUUUUUGCGUACAUCGUAUGCUUUGGAGAAGGGCUGUUAAUUUGUUGAAAUGAAUGAAUUUUAUACCUGCUUUGAAGAUUGCGGUGGUCAUGUGUUAAAAAUUUCAAAACCGAUUCUUUAGAACCAUGAGUCCUGUAGAGUUAUGAUAGUUUAGUAUGUAUGCAAGGAAUUAAGAGUUUAUUCAAAUGAAUGGUCCGAUUAAUCUUCUUAACUUAUGACAUGCAGACCUGAUUAUAACAGAAAAAAACUAGAAUAUAAUACAGGUGAGCUAUAACUCUCCACUUUUGUCUGCCUCAGGCAACGGAACCAUUUUACACUUAAAGGUAAAGGGUACCACUACAUCUGUUAGAAUCGCACAGAAGAGUUCCACUCAGAAUUGUUUUACUUUGAGUAAUCUCCCUUCUGUAUGGAAGAUAAAGCAACUAAAAGGAGCUUUUCUGGUUUAGAGUUACUUCCCAUAUCAAGUUUUUUCAUAUGCUUUGUGGCCCAUAAAUGGGUCACUCAUUUUGAUGUAUUGCCUGUAAACUUAAGCUAAUUGUUAGUGAGGAAUUCAUUGGUUAAAUAUAAUGGAGUCUUUACCUGUAGAAAUGUAAACUUGUCCGCAGCCAUCUUGUUAAGAAUGAAGAGUAUAAUGUAACUAGCUACCUAUACCAUAUGUGUAGGAGAUGUUAUAUAGGACUUAUUGAUGGGAGUCCAUAUGUGUAAGGAAAUCUGAACCAAGGCAAGAAUGGGCCUUUUACUUGGUCUUUCAUGUUUUCUUAAGUAACGACAUGUGUCCGUUUGUGAUUUAUCAAUGUGUGAUACACACUUUAAAAAGUAUCGCAAUGUUCAAACAUUCCAAUUUCAAAUUAAAUGCAGUUCUGUAAAAUUCAUGACGACAUGUGAUUUUUAUCAAAUAUUAUUUUGAAAAGGACUUAAAAAGAAGUAUUCCACAAUAGCGACAAUGGGAAUACUGUUGUAUAUAGUUUAACUUGUUGGUACCCUUUUCCUUAACCCUUUCACCCCUACGUUACUUUAGUAGACUCUACCGUGCGUUGAUCUGGAUGAGUCCAUUAUGGUCUACAGUGGUGUAAGGGUUAAACUGUAAUUCUUCUGAACCAAUUUCACCAAAACUUAAUUAUUGUCUUGUUUGUCUUUUAAAUGCCAUCUUGAAUGCCACUACAUCAAAUUUUAGCUUGAAAUUAUAAUAUUUUGUUCUAUAAAUAUUGAUGUUAAUGUUUUGUUUAUAUAUUUAUUGUUAAAUUAUCCAGACUUUGUUAUAUCCUUUGUUGCUAAGAAGUAUAUAUGUGUUACUAGAAAUAUCUUACUAGAAUGUGUUAUUGCGUUACUUGUAUACUAUAAUUUUUGUUACUAUUAUAUCUAGAAGCACUAUAAGUGUAUAUAUCCUGUGUUACUGGGUUUCUUUGUGUUACUUGAACAAUCUUGUGUUACUUAUAUAUUUUUAUCUGAUGUUACCAGUAUAUAUUUUGUUGAAUUCAUUCUGUGCUUGCAAUGUAUUUACUAUUAAACUGUAAGGAAUUUUCAAAAGGAUCUUGGAUAAAAGUUGGAUAUCUUUAGUUUAGCAGUCGACCAAGAGAUCUACAACAUAUGACAGCAUUUUUGUAUAUAGCAAGUUUUUUUAUCAAAGUGGAAAGUGAACGCUUUGCUGUGGAUUUUGUUUGGUUUGUUUGUGUUUUACGUCAUAUUAACAGAUAUGGUCAUUUAAGGUUGUGCCAGGUUUUUUUGGUGGUGGAAGAAAGCCAGAGUUCCUGGAGAAUACCCACCGACCUAGCUGGCGACUGCCCGCAGGGUUGGUCUCAAACCUGUGACCCAGUUAUGGAGGGCAGAAUUUCAGAGUUGCCUUAACCAUUUGGCCACCGUGCACGUGUCUAAUCAAUAGGUAAAGAUGACCAUGACAAUUAAUGCCUUGCUGGGUAGCCAGCUCGACGUUGUCAUGGUCAUCUUUACCUAUUGAUAACUCUACUGCUACAGCCAGGACUUGUGUAUUCUUUGUGGAAUCCGUCUGAUGGGUAAAACAGAGCUUCACUGACCUCUUCGCACAGAAGUUGGAUCACCCACUCCCCAUCCUCGAUAUCCAGGGGUUACAUAUAUGCUCACUUUCGCUCUCUACACCCCUGGAAUAUAUAUAUGUCAU